CCUGGAUCAUUAUUUAAGUAGCAUAUCUAAAAGUAGUGAGACGACAUCCCAUUAAAUCAGGAAUUACUUUCCGUUCUUCAUUUCGAUUAGCUCUACCUGCUGUCAUCAAUGAUUUAUUUUGCAUAAAAAAUUCAUAUGUGAAUUGUUGCUAUCACCAUGCAAGCAAACUUAGUAUCUAGUAUUGUUGCCGUAGCAACCUCAACCUCACUUCCUACAGCAUUAGCACUCAUUUUCAUAACGAUAGCUUACUUCAUCUACAAAAAUAAAGGCCUUCCACCAGGUCCUACAGGUUUGCCCUAUUUCGGAUACUGGCCCUUCAUAACCGAUUCUAAUUGUAAUUCGAAGUUAGAGGGCUUCAAGAAAAAGUAUGGAGACAUCUUCAGCUUUACAUGUACUGGGCGGCUGUAUAUCAAUUUGGGAAGUUACAAAGCUGUUCGCGAAGCAUGUAUAACCAAAUCCGAGUUUUUUGGCGACAGAGUAUCAGACUACAAUAUGAUGAGUCGUCUCUUUAAAGAUGGCGUACUCAGUAUGAAUGGAGAGUCAUGGAAAGCUGCAAGAAAAUUCUUUUUGGUUCUCUUAAAAGAACGGGGUGCAAAUUCUCUCAAAACUAGCUUAGCUGGUCCCUUAUAUGAUUCCAUCAAGUCUACAGUAAAUGAAUUAAAAGCAAGAAAAGGAGAACCCUUGAACCUUAUCGAGUUCUUGAUGCAAGAAUGCUGCACCAUCGUACGACUUACGUUGUUUGGGGAGACAGGAGCUACUCAGGAGCAAAUCAGGCGAUUCAACGAAUUGUAUGCUAUAGAAGUAAAGAGCUUGUCACCAAAAACUAUCCUUCUAUGCGGGACCUUUGCAAAGUACUUUAUCUUUCCAUUUAUGCCCAAUUUUCUGAAAACUUUAGAAUGCCACAAAAAGUUGGAGAAGAUAGUUCAAGACAUAAUCAAUGAACACAAAACAAAUUACGAUGCAGAAAAUCCUCGAGAUAUCAUUGAUGAAUAUUUUAAAGAAAGAGACAAACGGCGAAGCAGAGGAGAUCCCACUGCAGAAUACUUUACUGAUAAAGUGUUAUUGGGUUCCAUGGUGCAAUUUAUGGGUGAUGGUGCUUUAAUAGUCGCAUCUUUCACUAGCAUACUAAUGAACGGUUUGCUAAAUUCCCCUGAGGAACAACAGAACCUGUACAAUGAAAUCGUGGAAGUGAUUGGCUCUGACAGGCAGCCAACUAUUGAAGACAAAAGCAAACUAACUUACUUCAAUGCUUACGUACAGGAAUCAAUUAGAACUGCAGAUUUCCUAAAUUUUUUCCCUUCUCAAGAAUGUACAAAAGAAACUACUUUAGGAGGAUACAGAAUUCCUAAGAAGGCAAUAUUGUUACAAAAUUUCUAUUCCUGUCAUCAUGAUCCAAGUGUCUACGACGAACCUGAAAAAUUUGAUCCCUCCCGAUAUAUCCCAAAAGAUGGUAAACGAAAAGCUGAACCACCAAUAAUGUUUGGAGUAGGUAAAAGAUCUUGUAUAGGUGAAGGUUAUGUAAUGAUGCAGGUUUUCUUACUUUUGGCUACCAUUAUACAAAAUUUCCAUCUGUCAUUACCUGAGGGAGAAAAGAUUACUCAUGAAUCAUUUGUAAACAGCAACCUUCUGAUUUGUGCCAAGCCCAGAGAUAAACAUUGAUUGAAUUAUUCUUUUGUCACCCGUGAUAAUAAAUUUUGAUAGAUUUAUCUUCCGUAAGCAGUCUUUGAACGUAAGAUAAAAUUUUAACUUCUCACAAAACUCAUAUUCAGAAUAAAUAUCAAACUGGUAACUUGGAUUGUUAGGUUAAUUCAAUAACUAUCCAGCCCAAUCCCAUUUUGCUACUCUGUGAUAAUUUGUAUCUUUAAUAUUUAAUAAUAAAAUGUGAAAUUGGUCGUGAAUUGGAAGAUAAGCAAACACAGAUAAUAAGGAUGAUAAUUAUAAUUAAUAUAUUUAUCUAAGAAAUAUUGAUAAUACUUUUCAUUAUAAUGAGUGAUCUGAAAGUUGAUAUGGAACUUCAGUCUUAUACAAAAUACUCAAGCCUAAUCUAAAAAAUAAACUCAAUUAAAUACUUUACCGAUACUGUGAUAUUAAAUUAAUAUAAUUGAAACUUUUUAUUUUGUGCAAUAAAAUGUUAUUUGCAACAUAACAUAUUGUUAUUUUACGUAUGAAAUAACUCUAAUUUAAUGCAUAUCUAAGUGAAGCAUGAAUUUUGCAAAUAUUAAUGUCAAAUAAAUCGUAAACGCCAUUCAGGAAUUUUUCAUUUAUAAAAAAAAAUUACUUUAAAAGUUUUAUAUAAAAUUCUUAGAUGCUUUUUCUUGUCUUGUGAAAACUGUGAACAUAUAAGAUAGCUGAUAAAUAUAGAUGUCUCAUAAGGCGGUGCACAAAUUUUACAUUUUAUUUUCAAAUAAUGAAAAAAAAGCCUUACCCAAAACGCAAUCAGUAACUAAUUGAAAGGGUCAUUUUACGAUUGCUGAAAAGCAUAAUUUAGUAUUUAAUGAGAAAUCACAACGUGGGAAGAAUGCAAUAGUGCAAUAAUAGAGUACAUGCGCAAUUGCGUUACAAUGGUUCAAACAACGGUGAAUAUGUGACGAUUAAAUUACCUCGAUAGAACGCAUGUCAGACUUAAUACUUUAAGUUCCUUCUUAUAUUUAAUAUAUUCUAUAUGAGAUAGAUGUACAUAGCACCUCUAGCUUUAGACACGAUGUCAUCAUCAUGAUUGUUGAACCUAUAGCAUCUGUGAUAUCACUGUUAACUUGAAAGGAUCCAAGAGCCAUUAUGUCGAUAAUGUGAAGUCUACCUUGUGAUAGAUUAAAGUAAAGUGAGCAUCUCUUGUAAUCUGCCAGUUAUUUUCCUUAAUCAGUAUUGUGUCAUUUAAAAGUUAAUAAAGUCAUUUUUAAAAAUAUAA